AUGCCAUCUGUAAAACCGAAUAAGAAGGAAAGGCCCAAGUCUACCGAUAAAAUGAAAUCUCGUCCGAAACGUGAUUUGACACCGGACAAGGUAGCUACACCGCCAGAUAGUACUGGACAAGGUGCCCCAACCAAUAACAGCACUUUAACUGAAGACAAACCGUUACCUCAAUUCAGUACAACUAGCUAUUCAAAUAAUAAUCAAAAGAUCGGUCAUAACACAGUUAAUAGCCUUGAUCCGCUUAUUAUCAAAGAUGAGGAUCUAUUUAAGAUACAUCAACCGAAAGAGGAUAAAUCAGCAACUUCGAAGCCUACAGUAACAUAUAAGAUUCGGAAGCAACCAGCGGAUAAUGUUAUAACCAAUACAGGGGUUGAUACGAAAACUAAAUGUAUAUACGUAGCGAAGGUUACCGCAUCGGAAGCUACAGAAUCUGCAGUGAUGCUGAGUAUGGAUGCAUCGAAAGAGCCUUUACACUCUGGUCCAAGGCUAGAUAGAAAAGGACAACUAAUACCUCACAGCAUUCUCGGUUCCAUUUCUGAUUUUAAUUCGACUUCAUUAAAAAAGCAGCAGCAACCAUUAAAAUCACCUGAAGUAUACGAUCUCAUAAUUGAAUCACCGGUUCAACAUACGAGUGAUAGUGAUACUGCUGGAAAUAAUAAUAUUACAAUGUCAAAAAGUGCAAAUGAAGAAGCUGCUCUAGAUAAUUGGAAAAGGCAUAUGAGAUACCGAAAAUCACAACAGCAGUAUUUAUCUAAAAUACUGGAAACUAAUCCAGCCAUGUUAGUCAUGAAUCAAAGCGAAGAUUAUCGUAAAAACCAAGAAGAAAGAGAAAUUAUCGAUUUAGCAAUACCGACGAUGGAUAAAGGCAAAGGAUAUCGUGUAGGUAGUGAGUUUUGGAUGCAACCUGACCGACUUGGCAACGAAGAUAACGGCAUAAGUUUAACUUUAGGUAAAAGUCAACGAGGCCAAAGAGUUCCUGUUGAACAUAUCGAUAAACAUCCGUUAAUCAAAGAGGAAAUGGGCAUUAAUUUUCGAUCUUCCUCAACCGUUCAUUAUCCGUGGGAUAAGUCUCUCUAUCUCCAAAAUAGGAAGAAAGAGUUAGAGGAGAGCAUGAAACUGAUUGAUCCCCACAAGCCGGAUAUUUCAAGUUUAGCAGUUAUUGGAAGAUCUAAGCUUUGGGAAGAUGGGCGUGAACAAUCUGAUAUUAAUACUUCAUUAUAUAAUGAUGAUAGCCUAUCUGAAGCAGAUAGUGAAAUAAAUGAUCCAUUUAAACAGCAUGCAGACUGUGUACCUCAACCUAUACUUGGACCCUGUAUUACAGUAGCCGGCCAAACUGUGCGUUGGGAAGGUGAAAAUUGUGGCCUUGAAAGUGAUGUCGCUAUUAUUACGCGUGUAUUAUUCGAAACCUACGCUGGCAAAGUUAGCACAACGACACUAGAUAUCGAAAACCUAGGCACAUCAACUAUCUACUUCUCAUGGACGAACUUACCAAGCGAUAAAUCCCUCGAUAGCAUCUUGUAUGGUAAAGCUCAAAGAUUUUACUUCAAUACGGGCGUUGAUAUGAUCAUGCCCGGACAGAAGAUGAAGUUUCCAUUUACCUUUAAGUCAUCUAAUCCUGGAAUAUUUACGGAAACAUGGUGCAUGAAUACUAAACCGACAUUAUGUGGCGGUGCUGCAAUCAAAGUUGUUUUACGAGGCGUUGCACUGGAAGAAGAUAUUAAUAAAGAUAAAAGAUCAAAAAUUGAGGCAGAAUUAAGAAGAAAACAGGCUCUUUAUGCCGUAAAUCAACUACUUGAUGAUAUUAUUGAGGAUGUGAAAACACCUCCACGUUCUUUAUCUCCAGUAGAUGCUCAUAUUACACCAGAAGAAUUAUUUGAAAGACGGAAUCCUGGUCUAUAUUAUCGCCCGGACGGCAUUAAUGAACUAAAAAUGAUAUGGUACCACAUUCAUCAGCCGAUACCUCCGGAAUAUCUAGAAAAUACUGAAGAUGUCAAGAUCGAAAAAGGAAGCAAACAGGAUAAAUCUGGGAAAAGUGAUCGAUAUGACAAGAUGUCUAAAUCUGAUAAGCAAGAUAAACAAGAUAAAAAUUUUAGAGGAGCUAAGAAUGAUUUAGCAGAUCGACAGAAUGAUUAUUUUGAGCCACCUGAGCCCGAUGUACCGUGGGAUUGGAGCAUUGAUAUGCUUGAGGAGAAAAUAUUAACCUUAGAGGAUGACAGUUGGAAGAAUGAUUGUCUGCAACGAAUGAACAACGCAAUCAAUAUGCUGUCAUUUCCAAUACUUACACCAUUAAAACAACAAAUGUAUUCGGUUGGAUAUAGUCUGUUAAUUAAUUUAAUGGACUCCAUAGCAAAUUAUGGAGUUACGUUGAGGAGUAUACUAGGAUUACCCGAAAAAGAAAGUUUAGAAGAGGAAGAUGCAGCUACGACAACUAAAAAGAAAAUGACAGCAUCCGAAACUACGCGGUCAGAAUCUACAAAGAAAUCGGAAUCAAGAAGUAAAAAGCCAAACAAAAAGGAUGAUAAAGACUUUGACAGCCUUAGACCUCAAUCAAGGACGAUUCGAACCUCUAAGUCAAAACACAGAGAUCGACUAAAAUCAACAACGACUUCAUCACAAGAAUAUCAUGACCAAACACGAGCAUCCACUCCAGUUGAUAAAACGGAUCCGACGAUAGAAUUGAAAUACAAGGAGAAGCUAUACAGUCAAGUUUAUAACAUGAUGGAAGCCACAAUAGAUAAGAUGGUAUAUCUUUUUGAUGAUAUUAAAGCAAAGAACGGAUCUAAUAUUGAUCAUGGUGAUGAUUAG